AUGAGCUGCGAUAAAUCUCAUCAGAAUUCUGAUGGGCCAUCAAUAGCCAUUGAAGACAACGACUCAAGGAACAGACAGAGUCUCGACAAGUCUUUUUCUAUUCACACUGCCUCCGUUUCACUGGAUCAAAGUCUGUUUGGCGUAGUCCCUGAACAAAAUGACCUUUCUGUAUCGAGCUAUACAAGUCGGGAAAAGAAAGCACCCAAGGACCCUUCUUGGCAAUUGAAGACCUUGGUUUUGAUGUUCGGAUGUCAUUAUUUGGAAGCAACUGUGGGCACAUUGAAGACCAGCCUCAAAAAUAGUAUGAACAUCAACAAUACACAGUUCAGUAUCCUCCUUUCAUCUGUCACGCUUGUCAAUACAAUUCUACCUCUUCUUGUUGGUAACCUGGUGGACGAUAUAUCAUUCGUUGGAUCUAUACGAUCUACGACAAUUGUGAGCACCAUCAUAUUUGCUGGAAGUGUUUUGGUGUCCGUUGCAUCAACUUACAAUAACUAUGCCAUGAUGGUCACCGGUCAAGUCAUUUAUGGCCUGGGCGAUGGAAUGAUUGUAACGAUGCAAGAAGCUAUUCUUUCCCGAUGGUUCAGAGACCAACAGCUUUCUAUCAUCGUUGGACUUAUGCUUAGCGUUGCCCGUCUAACCAAAUGGGCAGCCAAGAUGGUCAGCUACCCAAUUAUAGAAGCAACGGGGUCUAAAAAUUGGCCCAUCUAUAUUGCUACAGGGUUUUGUGGCCUUGGUGUUGUAAUGAAUUCCAUCUACUGGUUUGCUUUAUACAAAUAUGGAUAUGCUACAGCAUCAGGAAGAGAGCUCCAAUUGCAUUCCAAAGUACAUGCCAUUCAUCCAGAGCCCCUCGAAAAAGAUGAAUAUUCUCGGAGUCUGUCUGUGCCAUCCAAUCUACCUCACUCAAGACACAACUCCCAUACAUCCUCAAUUCUCUCUCAGCAUAUCGUAAACUCCAAAAACCUCAAAUGGACAGCUUCUUUGAUCUUUUAUAUUCCAGGAAUAUUCUGGAUGGUGCCUUGGGUCCAACUGGUGAUGUCGAGCGUAUUGAGUAGCUUUAGUGAUAUUGCAACUGAAUUUGUCCAAUUCAGAUUCGGCACCACGAGUGUUACAGCAGGUUACCAAAGUAGUCUUACUCAGGUUGUACCUAUAGUUGCUGCCCCGCUUAUGGGUGUUGUUGUUCACCGGUACGGAAAGCGUUUGUUUGUCUUAUUUGCUGGUACACUUGUGCUUAUUACUGCCUUGGUUUUGCUGGCUUUUACAAAUGCGACUCCAGAAGUUGGACUCAUCAUGUUCUCCCUUGCUUUGGCACUGGGUCCAAUCGGUUUGCUGAGCUCGACGCCUCUAUUGCUGCCCCACGAGAUGAUUGGUACGGGCAUGGGCUUACACAAGAGCUCUAACAAUAUCGGAACCACCAUUGUGUCAGUAUUGGUUGGCUAUGUACAAGACUUGACUUUCCAUGAUGGAGAUUCAAAAGACAACUUGACCGACCUGGCUUCAGAAUACGAUGGUGUGAUGGUGCUGUAUAUUGUUCUUGCUUGCUGCUCUACCCUGGUGGCCAUUAUAUUUUGGGUAUUGGACAGAAAAUUCUUGGAUGGCUGGCUCCAGAUUAACAAGAAGAGAAGAGAAGAGCGUUUGGACAGAGUCUAUGCUGAGCAAGACGGUUCGAAUGAUAUACCCGACAAUACAACUACACCAAAACCAAACCCAGAGUGCGAUGAACACAAACACACGUCCUUGCAGAGAAUUGGGAGCCAGUUGCUCAAGAAGAGAAGCUUUGUUUACGUUGGAAUAUUUUUAUUAUGGCUUUUUAUUGCUUGGGUUAUAUUCUUUACAUUUGCACUAAUGCCUGUGUACCAAAAGUACAAUGUUGUGGAUUAG